UGGAGCAUGUAGUAACCUCAAAGAUUCAGAAUUUCAGUUGUCAGUACGUGUCGAUUUUCGUAAAAACAUUAAAUAUUGCAAACGGGAACUGUUACAUUGAAUUACUGGUUGUCGAGGUCUUAUUUAUAUGAAAGCCCGCUUAGUUGCGGAGUUGGAUAGACAUGCCAGAGCCAGGGUAGUUGAAUAAUGGAAUUGUAUUAUUAAAUCCAUCCAUGAACGUACUACGCUGGACCUAAAACGAUAGUAAAAGUAGCAUCUUUCCUCGCGUAUUUCUACAAUGAAGUCGAGGACUAGGCGAGAGCAUCUUUGGAUUCUGUUUACAGCGCUUUUGAUAAAAAUAAACGUUUUCAUUGCACCGGUAGAAGGUCGGUGCGAAUGUUCGACGUGUGUUGCAAAUUGUUUGGCUAGUUUGAAAUGUAGUCCAGGCGAAUUUCUUGUUGGAAAUGCAACGUUCUCGGCCUGCAUCAUGUGUCGUACCGGUCAUUUCUGUCCUGGUGGUCAAAGUGCGCCCGAGCUUUGCCCUGUUGGAACGUACAAUAAUUUAACCGGGCAGUCAGAUCGCCUGGCUUGCAAGGGCUGUCCCACCGGACACCAUUGCCCAAAAUCUGAUGCAUCCCCGAUUCCCUGUGAGAACGGCUUCUACGCGGACACCGUGAAUCAGACAACGUGUUCCGUAUGUCCCGAGGGCUCGCAAUGCGCAACAGCUAGCGACAAACCAACUCCGUGUUCUUCUGGACAAUUUAGUCAGGCUGGAAAUAGCACAUGUACCUUGUGCCCUGCGGGAUACGAGUGUCUUAAUGGUACAACACCGAGACAAUGCCUGGCAAAAACCUUUGCAUUCCUUGGCUCAGAGAAGUGUUCCGAAUGCCCGGCCGGUUUUAAAUGCAGUCGCGCGGGCCUUGUCGCUCCUGAGAACUGCGAACCAGGCCACUAUAAUAACGCCACCGGGCAAGACGCGUGUACGAAAUGUGAAGCUGGCAGAGAAUGUGUGAAUGCAAAGGAGUCCAAGGCUUGCCGAGCGGGUUAUUAUAGCGCGGAAGGAGAGGCGAAUUGUACAGUUUGUCCGACAGGAAUGUACAGCAAGUCGUCCGCAUCGUUUUGUCUCCGUUGUCCCGCUGGAAACAAGUGUAUCGAUCCCUCACAACCUCCUGUCAAUUGCUCAGAGGGCUAUGUUUCUGCUCAAGGUGAUGGAAAUUGUAAAUUGUGUGCGGCAGGAACACUGAGCUCUUCCACCCGAACGUCCUGUAUGCCUUGUCCACCUGGAUAUUAUUGUCCUGAUCCAACGCUUGCGAAAGUGCCCUGUCCAGCUGGAAUGUACUCACUUGGUGGCGCAAAAUUCAACUGUACAGCAUGUCCUGCUGGUAGCGCCUGCCCAUUUGGUGCCUCGGCGCCUGUUCCAUGUACCGGAGCAACCUUUUCUGAAGAUUUCUAUCUUGAAUGCAAGGCAUGUCCAGCCGGUCAACGCUGUCCUAACAAUAAGCGCCCCGAACCAUGUCCUUUUGCUGCGGACGUUGGUUUUUAUUACAGCACUAAAAACAUGAUUGGUUGCGUGAAAUGUCCGAACCGCACUACUGGAAAAAUAUGUGCUUCGUCAAGUGAGCCGCCAGAAGGCUGUAAAAGUGGAACGAUACCAAACCCCGAUGGCACUGCGUGUAUCGCGUGUCGUGCUGGAUUUUAUUGCUCGGCACCGAAUUUCGAAGAGAUCGAAUGCGCUAAGGGCGAAUGGAGUCUUGAAAGUUCAUCACAGUGCAACGAAUGUCCUCGCGGGUUCGAAUGCCCCGACAAAAAUAAAAUUCCUGCAGCUUGUGACCCUGGUUGGUAUGCUUCCACAAAGAACUCGGAGUCGUGCACGCAAUGUCCACCUGGCUCGUCCUGUGCAAGUACUAGGGAUUCUCCGAAGCCAUGUGAAGUCGGGACAUAUAGCACCGCAGGUCUGACGGCAUGUAUCGUCUGCCCACCGGGAUAUGCAUGUGCCAACUCUUCUGACCCAACCAGGAUUCAGUGCCCUAGUGGAGAGUAUGCGACAGGAAAGGCAACUAAAUGCAUACCAUGUAAAAAAGGAUUUUACUGUCCGUCAAUAAGGCUUGCCUUAGAAAUUCCCUGUUCUCCCGGUACCUACUCGAGUUCUGCGCAGACGUCAUGCACGCCCUGUCCCCCCGGGAGAAUGUGCCCAAGCCCUGAUGGUAAUAGUAAUCGUGAUUGCAGUCCGGGGGAGUACUCGAUAGGUAGAGCAACAACUUGUACCCCUUGUCCUAGUGGAUUCGCCUGUUCAAAUACGACGAGCGAUUUUAAGGUGGCUUGUCAACCUGGAACCUACUCUACCGGGAAGCAGGUGACCUGCAGGUCUUGUCCAGCUGGAUCUUACUGUCCAAGAACAGACGAGGGCCAAGUGAUCUCCUGCGACAAUGGUUACUACUCCGUUGCGAACUCCUCCAGAUGUACAAGAUGCCCCACCGGAUACAAAUGCCCGCACAAAAAUCGAGAAUUCCAAGAGAUAUGUCCUAACGGUACAUAUUCACUAGGCGGACAGAUCGAUUGUACCCCUUGUCAUGCGGGUUAUGCCUGCCAGAAAAGGACUGAAGGUCCAGAAAGAUGUAUGCCGGGAUUCUACAGUGAAAAGAACACGCCAAUCUGCAAUCCGUGUAAAGCGGGCUAUCAAUGCUCUGAUCCUGCAGUGCCUGUAAGAUGUCCAACUGGCACAUAUUCUGGUCCAGCAUCUUUACUAUGCCUCGCCUGCCAAGCCGGUUUUAUCUGUAAAGAAGGCUCUGCUUCUUCAACACCAACAGAUGGUAUUUGUAAACCAGGGGGUUGGUGCGAUGGAAGGUCAUUUCAUCCAUGCCCAUUCGGCACUUAUAAUCCUUUGAAUGGUUCCAAAACGGCGUCCCAGUGCAUGGCCUGCCCGGCAGGCUACUACUGCAUGAAUACAGGUUUAGAUUCCUACUCAAAUUUCCCUUGUCCAGCUGGUCACUAUUGCCCAACCGGUACGAAGUAUGACACCCAGUUUCCUUGUCCGUCCGGAACAAAUUCCACUCUUACCCAGCAGACGACUAUCGAGACCUGCAAACCGUGUCCAGAGACCAUGUAUUGCGCCGCGGGAUCGCAGUCGGGUCAAACCUGUCCGAAAGGUUAUUACUGUCCGGAGGGUACCGGAGCUCCCCGUCGAUACGCAUGUCCGAUUGGAACAUAUAGCUCCAGUCUUGGGCUCAAGAACGGCACCCAAUGUACCGAAUGUCCCGUUGGUCACUACUGUCCCGAUGGAUCUCAAAACCAACCUACCGUAGCUCCUAUUCCAUGCCCUCCCGGUACUUAUAAUCCCAAGACAAGGAUCGGAUACCUUUUGAACUGCGAGCCCUGUCCUUCCGGGUAUGCGUGCCCGCGCGCAGGUCAAAUGACGUAUAACGACUCCUGUCAAGAGGGUUAUUAUUGUCCUAAUGGAACCGUUUCACCAUCACAGUAUCCAUGUCCUCCUGGGACCUACACUAAUCGUACUGACCUCAAUAGACCGGAGGAGUGCACACCUUGUCCACGUGGGAAAUCGUGUGGUUGGGCAACAGCUGUGAGUUUUAACAAAUGGAAAGUUUGUCAACAAGGACAUUACUGUCCGUUAGGUACACCGUCACCAACAAAGUACCCAUGUCGUCCUGGUACAUAUUCAAACAGCUCGGAUCUUUACGCUCCUGAGCAGUGCACCGAAUGUCCUGAAAGGAGCUAUUGUCCUGGGGGAGAACCUUACCCAAGGGGAUUGUGUCCACCCGGUUAUUAUUGCCCUGCUCGUACAAGAUUUGCUCAAGAGUUUCCUUGUCCUAACGGAACGUACAACCUGCACUAUGGCAAAUCAGACCGAAGCGAAUGCCAAGAAUGUACAUUGGGGCAUUUUUGCGAACUCGGAACAGUGCAACCAACACCUUGCCCUAUAGGUACUUACAUGCCAUACGGAAAGAACAUAACAGGAAAUACGUCGAAUGGCAAUGCAGCGGGCUAUCAAAACCACUGUCUUGCAUGUACAAUGGGCUACUAUUGUUUGAAUGCUACCAUCAACCCUUAUCCUUGUGGCAAAGGCAAGUAUACUAAGUCUGGCCAAUCCGUCUGUCCUUCGUGUCCGGCGGGACGGUACUGUGAUUCGGAAGCCACGGGAUUUGACGACAUGGAAGCAAACAAAACAUGCCCGGCCGGAAAAUAUUGCAGUGGAGGAUUGAAAGAUGUCAGUGAAGCUACGGAUUGUUCAAAAGCACAUUAUUGCUUGCAAGGAGGUGAAAAGGAGACCCCCUGCCCAGCUGGAACGUUUAAUCCUGAGGUAAACGGUUCCAGUUUAAAGUCGUGUCGGCCAUGUACUGCAGGGUUGUACUGUUUAGAAAAAUCAGAAAAGCCAACUGCUGAGUGCAGUAGGGGCUACUACUGCCCGACUAAUAUAACCGAUGGCGUGUCCUCGACAAUCAUUGGCUCAUACGGCCCUACUCAAGUUCCUUGCCCGCCAGCGACGUUUCGCAAUGAAACUGGAGCUCGCACCGUUCAUGACUGCUCGCCUUGUCCGAUCACCAACUACUGUCCGCAAGGCAGCGAAGUACCGAAAUCAUGUCUCCGUGGGUAUUACUGUCCACCAGAAGUGAGCGAGCCACAGCCGUGCCCUAUUGGAACGUAUGGAAACAGAACAAAUCUUGGAGCGCUUGAAGAAUGCACAAAUUGUACCAAAGGCUGGUAUUGUGAUGCGCCUGGUUUACCAACUCCGCGCGCUCAGUGUGACGCAGGCUAUCUGUGUUUGGGAGGUGCUUACACGAGUACACCUACGGAUGGAAUUACUGGCAUGAUUUGUCCUCGUGGUGGUUUCUGCAUCAUUGGAUCCUACGAGUCUCAAGCCUGUCCUCCCGGCACCUACAGUGUGACAGGCGGGGCUACAAAUAACCAGGAUUGCGCAAGAUGUGACGCGGGAUUCUACUGCGCAACGGCAAGCCAACCACGUCCAGACGGACCGUGCACCGCUGGGUAUUACUGCAAGGAAGGAUCAAUAACUCCCAACGAAACCAUCACCGAGCCUGGAUACUACACUCCGGAAGGAUCGUCCGAGCCGCAGCCGUGUCAACCAGGAUUCUAUAAUCCAUCGCAGAAACAGAGCCGGUGUCUUCCAUGCAAAGCUGGCUAUUACUGCCCCAGCAACAAAAUGAAGUCCAUAUCUGGAUAUGAAUGCCCAAGAGGGUACUAUUGUCCUAUAGGGAGCCACAGAAGAUACGAAUGUCCACCAGGAACAUUCAAUAAUUAUACAAAAAGAUCAUCUCUCAACGAUAGUUGUCAACCGUGCCCAACCGGAUGGUACUGCCAGGGAGCCGCAAACACUUUGCCGACAGGGAAAUGUAAUGCCGGCCAUAUUUGUUUUGGUCGAGCCGAGAGCGACGCUCCAGCAUUUGUAAAAGGAGAGUUAGAGUGGGGAAAAUUGUGUGACCCAGGCCACUAUUGUGAAGAAGGAGCGACAUACGAAAAACGCUGCCCUAAGGGGACGUACAGGUCAGAAAACAGUGGAAAAAAAUUGAGCGAUUGUACACUUUGUGACGAUGGGAAAUUUUGUAACGAUACUGGUCUAACUGGAGUUUCAGGGGAGUGUUCCGCAGGUUACUUCUGUCUGAGGGGAUCACCCUCCUCCACGCCUAACAACGGCAGUCAUGGUGGGCGAUGUCCAAGAGGAAAUUAUUGUCUAAAAGGAGCAAGCAGUCCGGAUAACCCUUGCGAACAAGGUUACUAUGCGGAUGAAACUGGAUUGUCUCAAUGCAAAACAUGCCCAGAGGGCAAAAACUGCCCACGGGGUACCGAUUACCCGGAACCUUGCCCUCGUGGAGAUUACUGUCUGAAAGGAGAUAAUACAAACCAACGGGGCGCCCCAGAACCGUGCCCAAAGGGAACAUUUGGCAGUCGUGAUGGUUUAAAAACUAAAACCGAAUGCACGGACUGCACCCCUGGCCACUACUGUGUCCAGUCAGGCCUUUCCAAUGUCACCGGCCCGUGUGCUGCUGGCUAUUGGUGUAAGACGAAAGCAUCAACGGCGACACCAAGUUCUAAUGAUAAAAGUGGUCCGAAUGGACGCUGUCCAUCUGGCGGAUACUAUUGCGAAGCGGGAUCAUCGACCUUCCAGCGCUGCCCCGUUGGCAGAUACGCCGAACCAGGUCGAAAUGGACUGAGAAGUGCCGACGAGUGCAACAUUUGCAAAUCCGGACACUACUGUGCUUAUGGUAAUCAGACGGAGGCGACGGGAAAGUGCGCUCCAGGUUAUUAUUGUACCGCGGGUUCCCCAGUCCGCAAGCCCACGAAUAGUACUUUUGGCGGAAAAUGUUUCACAGGAUAUUUCUGUCCAGAAGGCAGUUCCUGGCCAACGCCGUGUCCCGCGGGAGAAUACAACAAUGAAACUGCUAGGGAAACAUGUUUAGGUUGUCCUGCUGGUUUCUUCUGUACUAUUAAUACGACUUCACCCUCCGAAUGCCCAGCGGGCUACUAUUGCCCGCACAAGACGAAGACCAGUACGGCAAAUCCUUGUCCGGCAGGUACUUUUAAUAAUCUUACAUCACGUACAUCGCUGGAUGAUUGCCUGCCAUGCACUCCUGGUUCUUAUUGUGCUACUAAAGGUUUGAGCAGUGUGACAGGCCUCUGUGACGGUGGUUACUUCUGCAGCAACAGAUCAAUAAGCAAGACACCGGGGAACCUCGAGGAAGGUGGUGGACCUUGCCCUCCGGGGACAUACUGUCGAUUAGGUUCCCCCGCACCAAUAGAAUGUCCUCCUGGCAAGCGAUGUUCGGCAGCAAGGGAUGAACCCGACGGAGACUGCUUCCCAGGCUACUAUUGCACGGGUGGUGCUAAUGUAGGCUCACCCACUGGUGGUAAUGGUGGUGAUCGCUGUCCUUUAGGAGCCUAUUGUCCUGAAGGAAGCAAAAAUUACACCCGUUGUCCACCUGGAACAUACGCAGACACACGGGAUAAUGUGAAUAUUACCCAGUGUAAGAAUUGCACGGUGGGAAAGUAUUGCAAAGGCUGGGGUAACCCUGCACCAACAGAUGACUGCGACGAAGGGUACUUUUGCCCGCCCGGCCAGGUGAUGCCUAAUCCGAACGAUUUCAUUUGCCCGGAAGGUCAUUUCUGCAAAAGCGGAUCGGAACGUCCGACACGAUGUGAUUCAGGCGAAUACCAAGAUGAGAAACGGAAAGGAUCUUGCAAGAUAUGUCCCGCUGGGUAUUACUGCGACAAUCGAUUGAGUCCGGUGGUUUUAUUCAAGAACAGUUCGUGCCCUGUUGGUCAUUACUGUCCUUCCGGCACAAAGACAGCGUUCGAGUACAAAUGUCCUCGUGGAACAUUCAGUAAUGAAACAGGAUUGGAAAACGUCACACAAUGCAGUCCAUGCCCGGGCGGAUUUUUCUGUCCGGAGCUGGGUCAGUCGAUGUUUUCAUCACAAUGUAAUGCAGGUUAUUACUGCCGGAGUGGGGCAUACAUUGGUACGCCUGAAUACCACCCUGAGAAUACAACCAUCUGCCAGCCUGGAUCCUUCAAUUUUUCAGACGCAGGGCCCUGCCCACCAGGUCGUUUUUGCCCGCAAGGUACGGCCGAGCCUGAAAAGUGUCCGCCCGGAACAUUUAGCAACCAGACAAAACUCCAGUCCAAAGUAGAAUGCGCAAACUGUACCGAGGGAAUGUUUUGUGAUGAUUACGGAUUGACAAAGCCCUCUGGGAAGUGUUGGGCUGGAUACUACUGUCCGAGUGGAGCAGAUCGUCCCGACUACGUAGCGUGUCCUGCUGGAAGCUUCUGCGUUAACGGAAGCGUCGCUGGGGAGCUCUGUCCAAAUGGGACUUAUAGGAACAUAACAAAAGGAAAGAACAGAGACGAUUGCUUUGCGUGUACACCUGGUAGCUAUUGCGAUGGUAAUGGUCUCGAGAAACCAUCAGGCCCGUGUGGUGAAGGUUACUAUUGUCCGAGUGGUUCAAAGUAUGUCAAACCACCAGGUUUUCAAUGCUGGGUGGGGCAUUAUUGUCCUGGCGGGAAUCCGGAGCCGAUUCCAUGUCGUAACAACAGUUACGUCAAUUACACUGGAGCUGUUCAGUGCGUGCCUUGUCCCGCUGGGUAUUACUGUGUGAUUGCUGGUACUACGGUUAUAUGCCCGAAAGGAUAUUAUUGUCCGGCUGGUACAGGUAAGGACCUUAAAUCGUGUCCUCGUGGUACCUACGGCCCAGAAAAUGGCUAUUAUGAAGUAUCUCAAUGCAAACCUUGCAAGGCUGGCAUGUACUGUGGCCUAGAACAUAUGAACAAUGUAACCACAAAAUGUGCGCCCGGUCACUGGUGUGAAUACGGAGUAGAUAGACCUCGACCAGUUGGACGAAAUAGCAGCGAUGUAGACGCUAUGUAUAAUAAUACGUCAUGCCCCCAUUACGAUGGAAAAGAGACUGGCUUUGGUGGAAUUUGUCCUCUUGCAACGUAUUGCCCCGAAGGUUCCCAAAGACCCAUACCAUGUGCAGCUGGAAGCUAUGCGCCUGUAGCUGGACUUUCGAAGUGCAGGGAUUGUGCGGAAGGUUAUUAUUGUCCUGAAAACCAGUCAUCGUACGACAGUUUCCCGUGUCCUAGGGGAUAUUACUGCCCCAAUGGAACAAAGUCUCUGUACGAUCAUCCUUGUGAACCUGGCACAUAUAACAACCGUCUUCGCAGAACCAAACCAGAAGAUUGUGUCCCCUGCUUGGCUGGCUAUUUCUGUCCGGAAUGGGGAAUGGCUGAACCAAACAAAACAUGCGAUGCAGGCUAUUACUGUCGUCGAAGUGCAAAAUCAGGGACUCCGGAUCAAGGAACAGAUGCCAACAUAUGUCCUCAAGGCCAUUAUUGUCUCAACGGUACUGGCGAACCUUACAAUUGUCCAAAAGGGACCUUAAAUAAACAGACAGGUUUAAAAAAAGAAGAUGAAUGCCAGACAUGCCCAGCGGGCUUCUAUUGCUCCCAAUAUGGCGCGAAUACGACCAGCGGUUCGUGUGCACCCGGAUACUACUGCCCGCCUGGCUCCGUCACCAAGCAACAGGAAUCUUGCCCCGAAGGAAAAUACUGCCCACGUGGAAGCGAGAAACCACAGUUAUGUCCAGUUGGCACGUAUCAACCAAAUAAACGUCAGGAUGAUAUUGGAGACUGUCAGCUGUGUACUGAAGGGUUUUUCUGUGCAACUCCUGGUCUUGGGAACUACAGUGGUCCAUGUGCUAACGGGUCUUAUUGCCCAACCAACUCUAGUAUAUCCACACCUUACGAUUGUCCCAAAGGAUUUCAUUGCCCAGAAGGAAGUCCGCGGCCGAAACCCUGUCCUGCUGGACAAUUCACUAACUCGACCUCGACCAGCAAAUGCGAGGCCUGUCCCCCCGGAUAUUUCUGCUUGCCAUUAUUGUGGAGCGGUGCUGUAAAGAAUGAUUCAAAAGGUUACGAAAUCUGCCCAGUCGGCUUCUAUUGUCCGGAAGGAACUGGUUCUGACCUACGUCCUUGUAAAGCAGGUACAUUCAGCAACAGAACUGGACUGUUUUCUCAGACUCAAUGCACAGACUGUACCCCUGGAUUCUUUUGUGACGGAAACAACUCAACUGCGCCCACUGCACCUUGCUCCCCAGGAUACUAUUGCACUUCAGGCGUCGCUGUCGCGAAACCGUACAUCGGAUCUUACAAUUCUACCAACUACGCGUGCCCGCUGGUCAAAUAUCUCGGCCAGUAUGUUGGCAUUGGAGACAUCUGUCCUGAAGGUCAUUUUUGUCCUGGUGAAACAUCCACACCUAAAGCAUGUCCUCCUGGAACAUACAACGAUGAAAAGGGCCAAUGGCAGUGUAAACGGUGUCCUGAAGGAUUCUACUGCCCGUCAAAAACCGUGUCUUUUGUCAACAAUUCGUGUCCUAGUGGACAUUAUUGUCCAAACAACACUCGUUAUGCCCGUCAGUAUCCUUGUAACGAAGGCACGUACAAUGCCUUGACGGGGGAACGUUCAGCGGCGUCAUGUACUUCAUGUACUCCGGGAAUGUAUUGUGAGGGUGAUGGAUUAUCCUGGCCGACUGGACCCUGUAGUGCUGGAUGGUUCUGCAACGGUAGCGCUACCAGAAAUAUGACCACGACGCAUGGCGGACGCUGCGAACCAGGAUACUACUGCCCGAGCGGAUCUGAUAAAAUGGAACCUUGUUCCGGCGGCUCUUUCUGUGAAACGCCAGGUCUCGCUCUUCCUACCGGAAACUGUACGGCCGGGCAUUAUUGCACUUUGGCUGCCAAAGUAUCCACUCCGAAUGAUGGAAUAACGGGAGGAGAGUGUUCGCGUGGGCACUAUUGUCCAACUGGCUCAGCGUUCGAACAUCCGUGCCAACCCGGGUAUUAUCUGGACUCUCCGGGGGCAACCGAGAAGUCAUCUUGCAAAUUAUGCUCUCUGGGAAAGUUUUGUAAUGGAACCGGGUUAGAGGUUCCGACCGGGAAUUGUUCAUCGGGGUACUUCUGCCCCGGCGGUCAAGUUAGUUCCACUCCUUUCAAUUACUCAUGCCCUGUCGGACACUACUGCUUGAAAGGGGAUAGUAAGCCUCGGCCAUGUCCCUCCGGUACGUAUCAAGAUAACCCAGAGAAAUCCUCGUGUAAGCAGUGUCCAAAGAAGUUUUACUGCAAUGCAACGCAAAGUCCUGUCGUGAACUACAAUCCGUACGUUUGUCCGCAAGGGUAUUACUGUCCUCCGGGGACAACGUUUGCUGAAGAAUAUGCUUGCGAGAUAGGAACCUUCAAUAAUUUGACCGGUCGCGCAUCGCAGUCAGAAUGUACGAAAUGUCUUGGCAAGUAUUACUGUGGUCAACCUGGACUGACCUAUCCAAACACACUGUGUGCUGCUGGAUUCUACUGUAAAGAAGGUGCUAAUAUAUCAACACCGUCCCAAGGGGAAGAUGCAAAUAUAUGUCCCCAGGGAUAUUAUUGUGAGGAAGGCACUGCUGUUCCUGAUCCAUGCCCGGCAGGCACAUUUAGCAAUACACCAGGUUUAAAGAACUCGUCAUCUUGCACUCCUUGCACAGAAGGUUAUUAUUGCAGAUAUCCCGGCUGGACGAACGAAACCGCGUUAUGCCAGCAAGGUUAUUACUGUCCCAAGUUUUCCACAUCCUCCCGGCAGUCGCAAUGUCCGACCGGCAGGUAUUGCCCCACCGGAAGUCCUUCACCGAGACUAUGUCCAACGGGGACAUUCUCAAAUAUCACGGAAUUGUGGAUGGAAUCCCAGUGUAAAAAUUGUACUCCUGGUUACUACUGCGGCUCUCCAGGGGGAAGUUCGCCGUCAGGAAGAUGUAUGGCCGGAUAUUAUUGUCCCGUUGGGUCAAAAACAAUCAGAGAAGUUGAUUGUCCAAUUGGAUUCCAUUGCCCUGAAGGUAGCAAGACCCCAAGAGAUUGUCCUUCGGGCUCGUUUACAAACACAACACGAUCAUCAGUUUGCCAGCAAUGUCCGGAAAGAUAUUACUGUAUACCCAACAAUGUUACGGCUGGUUAUCCACAGUCUGGCUAUCAUGCUUGCCCGAGAGGAUAUUUCUGCCCACCAGGAACUGGUCUUGACUGGAAGGCAUGCCCGAAAGGAUCCUACAGCAAUUCUACUGGCCUCAGCAAGGAGUCUGAAUGCGAGCCCUGCGAUGGUGGAUAUUAUUGCGAUAAAUUGAACGCCACGAAACCAACAGCCCAAUGUUAUGGGGGCUAUUACUGUGAAUCUGGCGUCGAUAGGCCCGAUCCCAUUAAUACUGGCAAUGCAAGUAGCUUUACCAAUAACUGCAGCAUCUAUGGAUAUCACACUGGUUUUGGUGGAGUUUGCCCAAUUGGUCAUUAUUGUCCGCAAGGCUCCGUCAUGCCAAUCGGAUGUCCCGAUGGAUCCUACCAAGAUCGGCCUGGAAAAACCCAUUGUAAAUCAUGCCCAGCUGGUUACUAUUGUCGAAACAAUGCUUCGUCGUAUAUCAGUAAUGAAUGCGCCGUGGGUCACUAUUGCUUGGUAAAUACGACUCAGCCAAAGCAAUUUCCAUGCCCACCUGGGACAUUCAAUCCAAAAACGGCUCAGGUCAACCGGUCAUCGUGUCUCAACUGCACACCUGGGAUGUAUUGCGAAGGAACUGGUAACGAGUAUCCGACCGGCAACUGUUCGGCAGGAUGGUAUUGCACUGGUGGAGCCGACGUAUUUCAGCCUCCUGGAGACCAUUGUUUACCUGGCUUCUACUGUCCAAACGGUUCAUCAUUCCCGAUACCGUGUGAUCCUGGAUCCUAUUGCAAGACUUCUAGAUUGUCAAAACCUACUCAUGAAUGUGAAGCUGGGUGGUAUUGUACCUCGGCUGCCAUAGAUCCGCAACCUGCUAAUAACAUCACUGGGAACAUCUGCCCUAUGGGCAGUUUUUGUCCGCGGGGAUGCAGAGCGCCGCAACCAUGUCCUAUUGGUACUUUUCUUAACACAACUGGAAACAGGAAUGCUACAGACUGCCAGGAUUGCACUCACGGAUGGUAUUGCGGUGGAAAUGGUUUACCUGCUCCUACUGAUCAUUGUGAUCCGGGAUAUUACUGUGAUGGCCGUGCAACAAGGACGGACUGGAAGCCAUGUCCGAAAGGUCACAAGUGCUCAGGCAGCGAUCAGCCACAACCUUGCGUUGCUGGCUUUUACCAAAACGAAGCGGCCAAAUCUGUCUGCAAGCGUUGUGAGCCUGGCUAUUACUGCGAAGAUAUACCCGUCACGAACUAUACACAAUACGAGUGCCCAGCUGGACACUAUUGCCCGAGACAGACUGAAUCUGAUACACAAUAUCCCUGUCCGCUCGGUAGAUUCAAUAACGCGACGAAGAGGACCGAACUUGACGAUUGUAUACCAUGCACUGGUGGAUUCGCGUGUGAUGAACCCGGGCUUACCUCACCCUAUAGACUCUGCUCGGCCGGGUAUUAUUGCAGACGUGGUGCGAACAGUACAACGCCAAAUCUUGGAAACGAUGCCAAUAUUUGUCCGGCGGGUUCUUAUUGCCCCGAAGGAACAGACGAACCAAGAGAAUGCCCAGUCGGAACGUUCCGAGGUACCGACGGCGGACAAGUAUCCAGUGAUUGUCAGAAUUGCACUGGUGGUCAUUUUUGCAACAAAACCGGCUUAACGGCUACCGCUGGUCUGUGCGAUGCUGGAUUCUACUGCAUCGAAGGUUCAUCCGAUCCACGGCAAAUACCAUGCCCCGAAGGACGUUACUGCGAGCGUGGAACGUUUCAUCCUAAACUCUGCUCUGCCGGCACGUUUUUAAACAGCACGAUGGGAAAAGCAUCCGUUGAUUGCAUACAGUGUACCUCAGGUAGCUAUUGUGAAACAAAAGGUCUGACGACGCCAACAGGGUAUUGUGAGGCUGGUUAUUAUUGUCCUAGUGGCAGCUCGAACAAGACAGCUAUUGAGUGUCCGAUUGGUACGCACUGCCCGCAAGGAAGCGACAUAUACAGAGCCUGCGCUGCUGGAAUGUACACCGAUUAUACCAAAGCAUCAAUUUGCCACGUUUGUCCACCAGGAUUUUAUUGUCUUCCAGAGAAGGUUGUUCCGGGUGAUAUAUCAACUGUAAAGACAAUUUGCCCGCCUGGAUUCUUUUGUCCAAACGGAACAGGCUCGGAUUGGCAAGCCUGCCCGCCUGGUACAUACGGCGCUGCAAGUCAGCUUAGCGAAGAAAGACAGUGUACACCCUGUGAUCCCGGGAAGUUCUGCCGUGGUUCUAAUUUGACCUCGCCAAAUGGCGAAUGCCAAGCUGGGUACUACUGUUCACGUGGCGCGGCCGUGCCCAAUCCAGUUAUGACAAACUUGACCUACUGUCCAGCGCAUUUUGUUCACGUUACUAUUGGCGAUAUAUGCCCGCGCGGGCACUUCUGUCCGAAGAAAAGUGAGAUGUACAAGGGCUGUGAACCAGGAACGUACAAUAAUGAAGAAGGCCAACAUGAAUGUAAAACUUGCCCUAGUGGUUAUUACUGCUUGGGGAAUACAACAGACUUCGUGCCAUUCGUUUGUCCAAAAGGGUAUUAUUGUCCAUCCAGGACUCCACAUCCUAACUACAGGCCAUGCCCGCCAGGCACAUAUAAUAAUCUUAUGGGAGGACAAAAUAUCUCCGCCUGUCAAGACUGCAAACCAGGAUAUUACUGCUCUGGCUGGGGAAAUAUUUUGCCAACUGAUCCUUGUUCUGCAGGUUGGUAUUGUCCUGGUGGCAAUAAUGUUUCUCAACCACCGGGCUAUGAAUGUCAAGCUGGCUUCUACUGCCCACUGAAUUCCUCGAAUAUGACUCGCUGCGACGAAGGUAGAUACUGUCCAACUACGGGUAUGUCCACACCCGGUCCUCUAUGUGAUGCCGGUUAUUACUGUCCACUUCAAUCGGCAUCUUCCAGAGAGAAGGAUUGUCCACCUGGACACUUUUGCCCCAGCGGAAGUAAAUCCCCUUCGCCGUGUGACCCUGGGACUUAUCUACCACGUGCGAAUCACGAGAAUAAAUCUGAAUGCAUUGAAUGUACAGCUGGUAUGCAUUGUAAUAGAAGUGGCUUGUCUACGCCAUCUGGAAUGUGCGAAGAAAAGUACUACUGUCCACCGGGACAAAGGACUUCUCGGCCUACGCAAUAUUUCUGCCCACCUGGGCACUACUGUCAGGUUGGUUUUGAAGAGCCAAAACGUUGUAGCAACGGCACCUAUCAACCAAACAACUACAGCGCGUCGUGCAAGCCAUGUGACGAAGGAUACUAUUGUGACAACACUAACUCACCCGUGUACGACCUGACUGGCUCGGAAUGCCCGGAAGGACACUAUUGUCCACGAGGAACCAAGUUUGCUACUGAGUUCCCCUGCUUGCCUGGAACCUGGAGUAACGUCACGAAACUCGUGAAAGCCGAUCAAUGUUUCAAAUGCCCUCAAAGAUACUAUUGUCAAAGAUCUGGACUAAGCUCUCCGCAAGAUUUUUGCUUCCCAGGCUUCUACUGUAACAAAACCGGCACUGAAAUACCGAACCCACCGGAAGGCGAAUGUCCUAGAGGGUAUUAUUGCCCGAGAGGGAGCUAUCUUCCGGUACCUUGCCCCAGAGGAUCAUAUACGAACUCGACGAAAAAUGGAAACGAGACUGACUGUAAGCCCUGCAGCCCUGGUAAAUAUUGUCAGGCCAAUGAGGGAGUAAUGAGAGAAAGAGAUUGCAACCCAGGAUUUAUCUGUUUAAUUGGAUCGACGGUUCCAAACCCAGUCAAUGGAUCUCAGGGAUAUAGAUGUCCAGCAGGACAUUAUUGUGAAGCAGGAGCUGUAAGGGAAACACCUUGCCCUCCGAAGAAAUUUGCUCGGUCUCCUGAACAUGAAACUUGCUUGUCAUGUCCACGGGGUUCUAUCUGUCCGACUAACGGAACCAUAAAUCCUCUGCCCUGCCCCAAAGGACACUAUUGUACAGGAGGAAACAAUAAAGGCGAAGAAUGCCCGAAAGGAACUUACAGACCUAAAUUGUCAGGAGGCUUUAAGAACGACUGUUUGCCAUGCGAUGCUGGCUUUUAUUGUGACCGACCAGGUCUGGACAAGGUGAGUGGACCUUGCUCCGAGGGUUACCGGUGUCUUGGUGGAGCAAAAUCAAAAACUCCAAGUAAUGGGGAUAACAAGCGUUGCCCCAAAGGACACUAUUGUGUUAACGGAACGACCCGCGAAGAGAAAUGUCCAGAAGGAACAAUGCGAAGUACUGAUGGGGCCGCUACGAUCAAAGACUGCAGUCCAUGCCGACCAGGGUGGUAUUGUGACAAGACUGGCCUUGAUCAACCAUCCGGAAAAUGUGAUCCUGGGUACUACUGCCCGGAAGAUGCUCGAACUAAAGUGUCUUCUCCCACGGGCUUCAGAUGCCCACCGGGCCAUUACUGUCCUCUCGGGACGGCUGAUCCUAAAGGAUGUGAUCCUGGCUUAUACCAACCCAAUAGGGGAAACGAUACCUGUUUCGCAUGCCCUUCCGGAAGAUUCUGCCUCGGUAAUACUAGUAUACCGGAGGUCUGUCCUCCACAUAGUUACUGUCCCGGCGGUACCAUCGAACCAAUCUUCUGUCCGAACGGUACAUAUACCACCAAGAACACUACCGGAUUGUAUAACGCCACGCAGUGCUCGCCAUGCAUCGUCGGACAUUUUUGUCAGCGGGGUGAAAUAUCAGAGAAAUGCAGCGCUGGGUAUCUUUGCCAUCAAGGUAAUCCCACUCCAACACCGGACGGCAUCGAUAAGACAAUUGGAGAAAUAUGUCCUUACGGAUUCUACUGUCCUGCUGGUGCCACAGAUAAAGUAGCUUGCUCCAGGGGGUUGGUAAUCGAUAAAUCUGGAGCUAAGUCACUGUCUGACUGCGCACUCUGUCCAGCUGGGAAAAUAUGCAGCGAGAAUAAUACGCUAGCUGUUGCUUGUACGGUGGGAUUCUACUGUCCAUAUAAUGCCACCAUGAAGCCUUGUCCGAUAGGGACUUAUUCCAACACAAUCGGGGCAACGAACAGCACCACUUGUAAACCAUGUCCGCCUGGUUAUUGGUGUAAUCGGCCAGGAAUGAGCGAUUUCAGCAUCAGUCCAUGUCCAGUUGGUUUAUUCUGUAACGAAGCCAUCAUCAAACCGACGCCCUGUCCUAGUAAUGGAACAUACCGGAAUUCUACUGGUGCUGGUUCUAUCGAAGAAUGUUAUGCCUGUCCCCGCGGAUACAUAUGUCCUUUCAACGCCACUGUCUCGCCCAUAGCUUGUCUCAACGGAACCUACUGCCCGCCUGGAUCAGUUGAACCGCGAAAAUGUCAACCAGGAUUUUACUGUCCGAGAUCAAUGUAUCAAAUUACCUGUCCUUCUGGCUUCUAUUGUCCGCUCGCUCUAUCCUAUGCGUUGCAAUGCCCGAUGGGGUAUUAUUGCGAUCCUACACUGCUGAAUAGAACUGGCGGUGUUAUCAAACCAAGUUUAUGUCCCAAAGGUUACGAGGAGAUUCCUGGCUCGCAUCGUAAAACGCUAAAUGAUACUUGUCAGAUCUGCAAACCUGGUCACUUCAACGACGAUCCUUCCACGUAUCCUUGCCGGAAAUGUAAAGCGGGUGUUAUCUGUUUCAAAGGUGCCACGACGGACGAACCUCUCGCGAACAACUCUCUCUACGGAGUGAAAUAUACCAAGUCAUUCCCUUGUCCUGUUGGUUAUUAUUGCAAAUCAGGUGACGUCGUUCCAACGGCGUGUCCCAAUAAAACAUACAACCCUUUGGAGAGGCGUUCCCGAAAAGAAGAGUGCUUGCUAUGUCAAGUUGACCAUUAUAACCACCUUACAGGACAGAAAGCCUGUUUCCAUUGCGGAGGACAAGCCAAACAGCCAUAUCUUGGUCAAGAUAGAUGUCAGUGUAACGGCUUACAUCGUGUCUUCAUGCCAAGCGAUCAGACUUGCUUAUGCGAGAAAGGCUUCAGAGCCAUGGAAGGUCGUGAAUUGGAUUGCGUGAGAAAGCUGUAUCCAUUCUGCCCUGAAGGGACAUGGCGAUCUCAAGCCGGAGACUGUUUAAGUAGCGAUGAAUGGAGAGACUAUUGUACUUCUGGGGUCUGUAACAAUGGAGAUUAUGUUGGCUUCGAUCGCCAACUUGGACUGUGUAAAUGUCAAGUGGAUGACUUGGAGGAUAUUUGUGAUAAAAAAUGUCGCCGACUACAGGAAGAUCGUCUCGAACAUAUUUGUGCUGAGAAACCAUAUUUGAAAAUAAAUCCAAGUCAGGGAAGUCCGGUUAUCCUCAACGAUUUAGAGUCAUACAGUAACAUACCAAAUUUCCAGGGCACAUUUAGCAAAGACAAAUGCUCAAAGCUCGAUUCCGGUGGUCAUCCAUUCAAUUUAGUCGAAAUGGGAGAAAACGGAUUCCUUGGAACCUACAAUCCACCUGCAGAUUUUAUUUUGGAUAUCUUAUCAAAGAAUCGGAAAGAGGAAAACUCAACAUCGCCGACAUCUGCACCUUCCUCGCGGAGACGCCGUAGCUUGCUCGCGGUAUCGACUACUGGUAGUUCGCUCUCCGGCAUUGCCAACCCCACGACGUGCGUCAGCUAUGGCUCCUCGAUGAUGUUCGUUGUCGACAACGAUAACUAUCCAGAGUACGACGAAAAUAACUUGUACAACACCAAUCCAGAUUUUGAUUCGGGUCCGUUCAGAGAUCUGAAGGAAAGACACGAGCUCAUGAAUACCAACUCUACCUUGUUUGCCUUCAAGUUUGAUUCGCCUGGAGUGUAUGUGUUUAGGUCCAGUAAAUUUCCAGAUCAUAAAAUGUACAUUCGUGUGAUGGCGCUUGGUGCUCAGUGUGCUGAAGAUGGUCCAUUCUUCUCGACUACUCCGCGUUCUGUGAUUCAAAACGGCAUGGCUAUAUCGCAGGACAUUCUGAUCGUACCUGAUUGGUUGCUAAUUGGAUUAAUGAUGGCCAGUUUACUGUUGCUUAUGGUUAUUCUAGUCAUUGGACUGUUGAUAUUCCGAAAACAUGGCUGGAGGAAAAUAGUGUUUACUUCUCCCAAGUACAGGAAAUUAAACACUCUGUACAAUUUUGAUGAUUAUUCAUCCAAAGGAUCUGCUGUUCAUCCCUCGAAGAAACUUCACAGGAACUUCCAUGCCAUUGAUGGCGCAGCUGCGGAAAAUGAAUUUGAAACUUCUCAAGCCGUUGUUGGAAAUGAAAUGAAGUCGGAUGAGUUUUGGGAUUAUGAGAAACAAGUUGAUCUGGAAGCUUUCAGCUGUAACGAAUUUUACUCAAUUCUGUCCAAACAAUCGCGUGAUGUCACUUCCUCCAUAGCUCGUCAAAAGGAUCAGGCUAAAGAACUGUACCAGAAAGUCAACCAACAGACUGAGUCACUUCGUGGUUUAUGGGUUGCAAAGCUGAAUCUUCGUGGUCGUUCGGCAAUUGCUUCACCAGAAGAUUUGCAACUCUACGAGAACAAAAGGAAAGAGCUCGAUGAUGAGGUUGAACGCAGAAAAGACCUUGGAUUUACUUUCCAACAACUCCUUCGAAAAGAACUGGAUAUUUUAAAUGAGGACGAAAAAGGCCGUGAAGAACAUCAAAUCUCGUUUACUGCUGCCGUUUCUGAAGCUAUGCGUGUCUUGAAUGGACUGACUGAAAAUACGACGACGCUAACAUAUCUGGACAGACAAAAAGUCAACGCAAAGGUGGAUGCUCUAUUACAAGACAUGGCAGUGGAGGUGACCAGUGAAUGCCAACGGCGCGGAACCUGGUCUUUGUUGGGUCAAAUGACUGGUGCUCAGCUCUGUACCACCGAUGGCAAAGAACUUAAUUAUAAUGAUAUAUUUGACGCGGACGGAAACCUUCUGACAGACGAUCUCGUACGGCUCGAUCCUUACACUGGACUGUUUGUCCCAAGAGAAGGGGCUUGCAAUAUGAUGCUGGCCGAUAAGUUUACAGUCGUUCCUAUUCCAGCCGAUUUCUGUAUUCAUCCUAAGACAGGCAAAGUCAUGCCUAUUGAAGGUAACGUCGUUUAUGAUCCGGUAACCACUCACCUCGUAGUCACUGCGGAUAAUGCCAAUGACGAAACUGGAAAUUUGAGCGAAACACCCAUCCCGUACAUCCCUUAUCCAGUAAAUCCUGAUACGGGCAACCCUGUGAAGAACAACUUUUCACAACACAUUAAACCGAGUGAGAUAAAAUACGGAGACCCAACGAGCGACCCUAAAACUGGCCUUAUUGCGCCAAUAUUGGGAGUCACCAUUCAUCCGGAAACGGGUGCUAUCUACCCAGUAGGUGGUUGUCAGGAGAGUCCGGUUUCAGGACUGCCAGUACCCAUUGAGCUCGGAACCAUGAUGUUUGACCCCAACACCGAUCAACCAGUACCGGUUGUAUCGAUAACCAUAGACCAUCGCACUGGUUUUGUCAUUCCCGUCGGAGGGAGUAUGACCGAAUCUGGAAAGGGUGAGGAAGUGCCAGUUAUUGUAGGAGAGGCCUACAUCGAGCCUUUGUCAGGGCAUACUCUCAAAGUCACUGGGGCUAGACUAAUCGACGACGGCGAUGAGAAGGAGCUGGAAUCCAUGGGAGGAGGUUAUUCUAAUGCACUUGAUGUAUGUGAGCUAUAUCACGAGUCUCGUGUCAUAGAUGCACUUCGUGAGUGGAAGGAAGCAACGGCUGGACACGAAGCAUUGUCGGGACGUCACGAGAAAAGCAUCUUAGAGACAAGGCUGAAGGAGUUGUCGCGAUCCAAAAUUAAAGUGAAAACGCACUUGUUGCGACGUUUACACGGAAUUUUGAAACUCGAAGAGCAGACUACGGAACUCAUGGAAUCUGGCGGCUGUCCGGGGACAUACGAAUAUUACGCGACCGGACAAUUGUUGCCAAUCUUAGUUGGAACCACCAUGAGGGAUAUGUCAGGGUCAGGACUUGAGGUGCCCAUACUUGGCAUCGACAGGGAUCCAGAGAGUAAAGAGAUCAUACCGUUGGGAGGAUCGCUCGAAGAUCCCCACGGUGGUGGACUGGUGCCAAUUAUGCUCGGCGAAAAAGCGGUUGACCCCGCGACCGAAGAAAUGUCCACGAUAUGCGGCGUGAGGUUAAACAAGGACUUGAAGAUAACAGAACCCGUAACCCUGUCUUCAUCCUUGAGGAAGAAGCGAAAGGCGCAUCCCACAUUGCUCUCCCUAUUAGAAGAAGAUUAUGUUGCACGAAAGAGUUUCUGGCGUCGUCAACGUCAUCGCGAGCGAGAGUUGUCGGAACAGCAAACCACUUUGGCAAAGCAGAUACUUGAUAACUACGAAGUUACCUUAAACCACGUUUUCGAACUAAUGGAGUUGCUCAAUGAAGGUGUUUCAUAUCUAUCGGAUGCAGAACAUCGAGAGGCCCAGCGACGUGGUGAUGCCAACAUCGAACAAACUGCUUCCUUGCCGCCAUUCAUCGUGCACUGGAUAACCAGAUUAGAUCAUCCGGAGAAAGAAAGGGAGGAAAGCCAUCAAGCUGCACACAUCAGAUUCGUGGAUGUGAUCGAAAGAUUCUUCGCCAAAUUACAAGCUGAAGAGACAAAGUAUCGGGCAAGAAUGGACGAACUUGAGGGUGCUCUUAAUCCUGAGGCGGAAGCUAGUGUCACGGAGAGGUAUCAUCAACUUAAGGAAAGACUUCGAAGUGAGUUAUCAGAUCAAUUGCAGACCAGAACUGAACAGAUAGACCAAGAACAUGCCGCUUUGGAGUACGUACGAGAAAAAGCCGAGCUGCUGUUUAGUGAAGCAAAGUUAAUCCUAAGCGGUGAAGGUGCCUACACUGGUGAUUUUGGUCUUCUUUUGAACGGAGUAUACGGCGAUGAUAUUCAAUUUACGGAAGCAAAUUCCGAAAUCAUUCCUCUGCUAAAGCGCGUGAUCGCUUUGCUACAAGAAAGUGGCGUCUCGUUAACUGCCACUCGUUUGCCACCUGGUUAUUCGAAUGCUGUCGGCGCUGUUGCCGAGGAACGGCCAGCUAGAAAGAUGGUAACUCUGCAGAAAGAUGAAACGGGUGUACCCGCAUCGGUUGUCGUACACGAAAGAUCGGUUGCGAAGGCAUCUGAGGUUGCGACCGGUUCCACCCUCAUGCACGCUACUCUUGAACCAGGGGUAGCUUCAGCGACAGCAACCCAAGAUUCUGGAAAACCGUCCAUUUUAGCGGAUCAGAUAUUCAACAAUCUGCAAGUCAAUCAACUUGGUGAAACGUUUAGCGGAGGAGAUGUGAGUGUGUCGGACAUCGCUGCUGCCGGUCAGUGGAACGAGGAAAAGCGACGAGAAAUUGGGAAGAACCUACGAGAGAAACACACACUGGAGUGUGUGCAAUACGAGAAUGAACUAAGAGCAGAGGAAAUAAAGACAAUUAACGAGGUCCUCGAGGAAUACCAGGACAAGAAGAAGGCGAAGGUCGAGGAAUUGAGAAGUGAACUACAUGAGAAUUUGCGUCGAGCGACCUCACCGGAAGAGAAGGAAGCCAUGUUUGAAGAAUACACUCGAAAGAUGGAAGAAGCAAUUCAAGCUUUGGAUGAAGAAAAGGAGGAAAAGUUGAAAGAAGUUCGGCAACGUUUGAAACGCGAACGGCUUAGAAAGAAGAAAGAGUUGUACAACCGUCAUAAGGAGGAAGCGAGAAGAGCUGGUAUCGAGCACGUGGUUGAUCUCGAACUGCCAAGUGACGACCAACUUGAACAAGACCUGAUACAGCUUGCCAGAGAAAAAGAAAAGUUGCUGGCAGAAUUGCAGAAAGCUUAUGCUGACGAAGAUGCCGAGCUUCGUCGCAAUCUUGAUACGGAACGAAAAGCCAAGCUUGAUGCGGAUAUGGAAGCAUUGGCGAGGGCAAUGACCACGUUGGUUCCACCUGGGGAUGUACAGGCUGCAAUUAAUGAAAUAAAGGAGACUUCUGGCAAAAUAGCGAAUCGACAACAAGACUUGAAGGAGAAAAUGCGAUCAAAACGGGAGCGACAUCGCGCGAAGAGCGGCAAGGGCGUUCGACUAACAUCAGAAGAAGAAGAGGCGCUAAGGAGCGUGGACCCGGAAUCCGAUGCGGCGACGAGUAUUUUCGAGGCUGCGAAACUUCGAGAAAGCGUCAUAGAGAGGAACGCAGACAACGCUAUAUAUGAUGUUCUAGCUAAAAUUGAGGACGACGAACUCGAAGACACCAAAAGCCGAGUUCUCAACGAUCUUUUGAGUAAGACCGCGAUGUCGGAAGAAGAGAAACGAUCGUUCGUUGCGAAGUUCUUUGCGCAGGCUGCGGAAGCGAGGGAGAAAUUGAAUGACACGAGGGAAUACAACCAAGCUGUACUCGCUGCUAAGAUAGCGGCGCGAAGGAGAAUGAAAGAAAGUCUUGCCAAAGAGAGGGCAAUGAAAGAUGAGGUGGCUGCUCUGUCCAAAAAACAGGCCCGUAUGUCGAAAGAUGCAGAUACAGUCGACGUUCUGGAAACAACGGAGGAAAUUAUGAAAGAAAGUGUGAGUGAGGCGAUGAAAGCUUUGGAGACCGAGCAGACGGAAAAACUUGAAGAAAUGGAGGUCGAACACAGAAAGGACGUUUUCCAUAUGGAAGAAGAACUUAAAAAUGCGACGAACAGAGGAGUAUCGAGCAUUGAGGAGCAAAUGGAGCAGCAAAAGCAAAAGAUGAUUGCCACUGAAAAGGAAAAGUUCGAAAAGGAUUUACAUAACAGACGCGGCCAACUUUCGGAAGAAGAAGUCCAGCGACUAAUGAACGAGCAUGCCGAGCGCACGGAGAUGCUGAGUAGAAAUAUCAACAUGGAAAAAGAUCGACAGUUGAAUUCCUUGGCCAGUAGGAUUGCGGAAAGAAGAAAAAUGAAAGCCGCCAUUUUAGCAAGAAAACAUGAGGCUGAGGUGGCGAAAGAAUUGGUGAAGCAACAAGAAGAGAGGAACCAUGUUGAAGACGAUCAGAUUGCGGAAACUCGCAAGAAAGUUCUAACGGAGAAGGUGAACGGGAUGGAGUCGGAAAAGGCGGAGAACACCAUAUUCCAUGUCUUGCAGCAGCAUCAUAUUCAGCAGAAAAUCCAGUUGGAAGAACAAUUUAGAAGUGAAAUAAAAGCUUCGCAGGAUGAAGCACGUGCAAAGAUAGCCGAGCAGAGACAACAAGAAAAAGACCAACUGAUCGCAGCACAUGAAAAGGACUUUAUUGAAUUACUCGCAAAUCCAGACGGUUUGACACCGAAUCAGUUGGCUCAAAAGAAGGCCGAAAUAAAAAUACGACAUAAGAGAGAGCUCGAUCAAUUUGAAAAAGAAACAGAGGCUCAGCUGAACGAGACAGAUAACCAUAUUCCGCCAUCACUGCAGGUGAAACAUGCGAACGAAAGACUUCGUUUACGGGAAAGGCAACUACAGGAAUUAGCCGGAACAAUGACUGAUCUGAUGACAGAGGAGGAAUUAAGCAAGUCCUACGAAGAAGAAGCUAAGAGAGCCGCUCAAAAUGCGAAAGAAUUCCGGGAACGGACAACUUUUGCCAUGUCAGAGAAAAUCAAGGAAAUGAAAGAAGCCAGGCGGAAGCAUAGUGUCACCCAGAAAGAAGAGAUGGAUGACGAAAUACGGCGAAUGGAAAAGGAACUCGAAGAAGAGCGCGAACGCGAGGCUUUGCGUUUGGCAGAAAGGGAAGCGGACCGAGAAUGCCGCAAACGAAAACAGAGCCAGGAACGAGAAGAAAGGAAGAAAUUAGAGAUCGCACAGCGAGGACAGGCAGAACCGGAGAAAGAGCGUCUUCUCAAGGAGCACGAAGCAAACAUGGCCAAAUUCCAACAGAAUUUGCAAAGCGAGCAAGAACGUAUGAAGGCCGCUCUGAAAGAGAAGCUAGAAGCGAAAAGAAGAAAACGGAAAGAGUCUGGAAUUGAAAACGCUGGAAAAACCGUACAGAACAGCGAAAAGAGUUCACCUGUCGUACCCGGGCACGCUGUUCGGAUUAUGCCUGACGAACCUGCGAAAUUGUCAAGCGCCCCAAGCUCGCGAACUGGUAAUAUCACCCCUGAAGUUGCGAACACGACAACAGCAGCCGGUACUCCUGUUGUAACUGUUGGUCUUCCCGAAAACAUGUCAGACAACGACUGGUUGUCGUUGCUUAUAUCCUCUCCCGUAUUCGAAAGAGUCGACGAAAUCGAACAGCUUCUAAACCAAGGCGUUAGCGUUGGAGGAAAUGGAGUGCUGGGCGCGAGUCGAGGAAGGCCGUACAUAGAUCUCAAGGAUGCGCAAUGGCUUUGCUCCGGAGAUCUAAUACCGGUUGAUAUAAACGACCUGUCGCCUGCUAAUUUCGUGGUGUAUCGUUUCGGAGUAUUUGUCACACAUCUCUUGGAAAAUAAAAUGAGCCUACCUUCAGUGACAUUGCUGCUCGCUUCAAACCUUCCUCCGAAUAACUACGAUAACAAUGCAUUCCGAAAUUCAUUUUUCUACGAGCAUACUCGACAGAUUCUUUUCGUUCGCGAGGAACGCCUUCAUUCUGUUGGAGAUUUCAUCGUGGUUAUCAUGCAUUGUUUAUCGCACAUCCUUGUUGAUGAUCUGGCCGACGAUCAAAAUCCGUUGUUCUUACGAGCUUUUUAUAAGACAAUGCGAAUAUGUUGUCAGGACCUAUUCUUCUCUCGAGCACGCUCUACUGAUGCAGCCCAUACUCUUGUCAAUGACCCAACGGCGAAUGGCAAAUCUCCUCUGGAAAAAGCUUUCCAACACGUAUCCACGAUGACGCAACGCACCAAUGUCGUCAGCGAACUAGUUAACAUCAAGGUGACAAGUAUCAAUGAUGUAGAUUAUUCACCAAAGGCUAUAACAAAGCGCGUUAUGGACCAGAACUCGUACAUGGAUAAAUCGAAUCUGCGUGGUCACCUAGCGACGCUUCAUACCCCUACGAAAUCUACGAAAGAGUUUGCUGCUACCCGUUUACAACAACUACGAGGAACGAAAAUUGAUGCACCCAUCACAAACUUAAGGGCCAACCAGAAGACGAGGAGCCACUUUAAGAACCCGAAAGAUUUGCUGUUAGCGCAAAUCAACGAACUUCAGCGACAUCUCGACACGAAAAACUCCGAGCUUGUUCAAAUGGCAGACAGGGAAUCACAACUACUGCUGUCAGUUUCAGAAGAAAAGCAAAUUGGCGACGACCAACGAAAUUUGGUGAAAAAUCAGCUGGAUGGUUUUGCCAUGAAGAAAGAAUUAUUAGCAAAGAAAAUUGCAUUCAUCGAAGAUGAAAUUACCAAGAAGAAAAAAGAGGCUGGUCUUCUUUGAGAUUUUUUUGACAAUUUAUCGUUUUAUAAUGUUAAUAUGUAUUUAUUUCUACUUUCAUUCAAUUUUAAGUUAAUUGCUUCACUUUGCACUCAUUUCCGCAGUACGCUGUUACAAAAGCACAAUUACAUUAUAUAUAUAUAUUAUAUAUAUUCCUUUUUUGAAAAACAAAAUCGUGGUUUUUGAAUGAUGUAAUGAUGAACACAAAGUCCAAUAAUAUAAUCACUACAUGACGGUUAUUGAAAAUCACAUUGCUUUGAUUACACAACAAAUCCUAAGGAAACUGCGAUGAUACCAUGUUAUAUUGUGUCGUAUAUACCCUCACUAUACCCUAGCUCAACUCGAUUCAUACAUAUGAAAACCACGAAUAAUGUUUAAAACAUAAUGUAAUUUAAAAAUGUAAAAUUCUAUUUAGUAUACCUGCAUGUAUUUUAAUGUAAGUUAUCUUUGUAGUAAGUUAAAAUAAAGGCAUAAUAAUAUUUCA